AAGCGGCAAUUUGUUUUUUCUUUCCCGGAACGUUCCGGGUGUAGCAGAGGCCCAUUUUCUCAGCUGGCGAAAAUGGAAAUUUCUCCGAAUGGUUCGGAAUGUUCAGUUAUCCAUUUUCCAGCUGGUGGAAGUGGCAAACUUGCUUUUUCUUUUCGGAAGGUCCGGGAGUUGUGAUGGUCCACUUUUGCCAACUGGAAGAAAUGUCAAUCUACUUCCCCCUUGCCGAAAUGGUCCGGGAGGAUUGAGUGACCACUUUUCCAGCUGGCAAAAGUGGCAAUCCAGUUCCCGCUGUGUCUCAAGAUGCAAAAGCAAAGGAAAAACUUCCUCCUCCAACAAAUUUUGCCCCAUCCGGAAUCCGGAUUGUCCGGCAGGUACAAACUUGGCCGGAUAAACAUUUCAUUCUUUGUUUUUGGAAGUCCGGAAGGUGCAACGAUCGUUGGAGGAGGAAUGUAUGUCUUUUGCUUUUGCAUCUUCCAGACGGUCCGGAAGGUGCAAAACCGGACGAAGGUGAGAAGUCAACCUUUGUUUUUGGAAAUUCCAGAUUGGUUGGAAGAUUCAAACGCAAAUGAAGACCUUACUCCUCCAAAUUAUUUUGCAACUCCCGGACAAUCCUUGUAGACUUUACGGAUGGUAUUAUUUAAAUUAAUUUAUAUUUAUUAUAUUUCUUAAAUCGAAGCGGCUAAGCCUUCAUCACCAAAUCCCCCGGCCCCAAUCGAAUUCGGCUCAAGCAAAUCGAUUUCCCCGAUCGGACAACCUCCAGCUCAUUCCAAUUAAUCGCGCCCACUUAAUCCGCGACAGUGACAAUAUCAACAACUGCCUUCGUUUCCAGCAGCAGCACCGGUCCAGUCGACAGCGGAACACCAACCUUUUCCGCUUCUUGCUCUUCAGCGGCAGCAGCCGCAGCGGCCAUCGCCCAGCAACUGCAGUCCAAGAUCAACAACAACUUUCUUGCGAAUUGGGGAGGCGCACGAAUACUCGCUGUUUAACGAUUCGAGUGGUGGUGCUGGAGCCGACGGAAGUGGCGCCGGAAAUCAUUACGGUGGUCUCUAUGUCACCACCAUAAGUCACGGUGUGGUUGGUUUAGGGCAUCACGGGUCGUCCACCAUCAGGCGUUGGAGGCGGGGACGGAGGAGGUAGGGAUCGAGGAAAUGGAACCGGCGGAUCAAAUGGUGUCGCCUAAGCGUUUGUGCUCGAUAACGACCGCUGCAGGUUGGGUGAAUGCCUUGGAAGCACAGCCGACGCCUGUACAAGCACCGUUGCUGCAUGAGAUGCCCAGAAAUCGUUCCGUGUUUGGAAGGGGAUUGGAUGACUUGGCGGGACCGAGGGCGAGGACUUGUGCGCUUCACGUUGGCCUGACCAGUUCAGACGUUUGUCGGAUGAUGCUGCAACUGCGGAUACUCGUGGUAUCGAUGACCGCUUUAGCAUUUCGGUUCUCAUCAACUUCCGUAGGCGUAGACAACAGGCGGAUGCCGGUUGCCGGUCAGCUCCAAAUCAUCGAGCAACUCGACGACACCACCUUCCGGAAAUUCGCAACCCAGUCUGCGCAGCAACAACAACAGCAUUCUCAUCCGAUGAUCACAUGCAGCGACAGAUACAGCAACAACAUCAGCAACAAUCUCAAUCUGGGCUGUACUCUUCGUCAUCAAACUUCCAAAGCAGUCGAGUCCACCGCUGAGCGGGCUACCAUCCGCCCCACAUUUCCGGAUUGAACCCGAAAGCCUCGGCCUUUUCGGCACUUCCACCUUCGCAGAACCAUCAAUGAGGCAGCGAAGGGAAGCAAACUGCCCUCGUCGACCCAGUUCGGUAACUUGUUCCACCAAAAUCAAUCUCCCGGACCGCCACCCUCGGGAUCACACCCUGCCGCAGCAGUCGCAUGCAUAUGUGGCGGAGGAAGUGGCAGGAACCGACCUGGCCCACCACUAAUAGCGUGGAAAGGAGUACGAUGGGAAGGCGAUGGUGGAGGAGCAAUUCAGCGGUCAAACAGAACGAGUCAGAAAUGUAUUGAUUCAAUAUAAAUGCGUCUGGGAAUAAAACAAAAAAAGCAAGAUAAUUGUUUCCUCAACCUUUAUUUCCGAAAUCAAUCGUAUUUAGUUAUGAACAGGCUUUUUUAAGGCAUUUAAAACAAAAAAAAAAACAAAAAAAUCCCGGUUGUAUCAAACUACUCAUUUUGCAGUUCGAGCGCUAAACUUAUUUAUGAGUUUCAGCAUUAAACUCAUAAAUGAAUUCCUCCACGCAUGGUCCAAAAUGAGUGAAUCGAACUUGAUUUUGAGUACAUCCAGCUGACCGUGUGGAACUGCCCUGUGCAUUCUGGAGGGUGCGUUUUGUUUGACAGUGACAGAUGGAAAAAGGCUUGUUGACGUUCAGUUGACGAUCAAAAAUGUGAAAUGGUGCUUGGAAGCUGGGUGAAAAGACGAGACUAGUGAAGGCGGUUGAACGUUAGGAUUGGGCGCAAAUUGCGGUUUAAGUUGGAGUGCGGAGGCUUUGCUGGUCAGGUUGGUCGACGAGAACCGAGUGAGUGGAACAAAGUGGUGAAGAAGAUGCCACUGAGAAACAAGAUUUUAAGCCGGAAGAAGACUGCGUCAUACUGCGUACGUUCCGGAACACGGUUAAGACUUCUAGUACUUUCCGCCUAACCUGCCCGGGCGAAUCUCGUGGGUGCCUGCUUAAAGGUUCUCGGCAAUUUCGCAGUGCUACACGAUUGAAAAAUUCCUGAAGAAAUACCCGGACGCCACCCUGCUGGACGUUACCCGCAAGGAGAAACGCCUGUCGAGCGCCAUGACGAAAAUUUGAUGCAAAUCAUGGUCGAAACACGCAACAGGCAAGGCAAGGCGGACAACGAGCAAGAGGAGGAGCCCGUCGACGUCAAGCACAACUCGGGAACCGUUGCCGGCGUAGCCGGGUUUCUUCCUCAGAAUCUUCAAGCUGGAACACCACGACCACUUUUCUUCACUCCGAACGGCAAAAUAGUCUUUUCCUCUUCCGGUUCUUCACUUGGUUUGACAGCGACAACGAAAUGUCAACAUGACAAAACAGAUGUCUUGGAGAAGUGAAAACGGGUGUCAACUUAUUUGGCAUAAUCUUGGAAUUUAGAAAAAAAAGAUGCUGAUGCUGAUGCGAAAUAAAAAUCAUUUAAUCUUAUUUUAAAAAAAA